CGGGGCCAGGGCGGCUGCCGGGAUAAAAGGCCGGGCGGGCCGGGCCCCAGCAGCUCGUCAGUCCCCUCGGUCCUGCCUGGCCUGGCCCGGCCCGCGCGGAGUCUGUCUGGGGAGGAUCAGUGAUGCUGGCUGGACCCAUCCCCACCCUGCUCCUGCUGUGCCUGGCGACCCCCAGCUGGCAGCAGCCCCCACAGGUUCAGGUGCGGCUGGUGGGGGCCAGGAGCCAGGCAGGCGAGGGGCGGCUGGAGGUGCUGUACGAUGGGCAGUGGGGGACCGUGUGUGACGACGACUUCGACAUCCACGUGGCCAGCGUGGCCUGCAGGGAGCUGGGCUUUGAGUCGGCCGUGACAUGGGCCCACAGCGCCAAGUAUGGCCGAGGGGAAGGCCCUGUCUGGCUGGACAACGUGCAGUGUGCCGGCACCGAGGGCUCCCUGGCCGAGUGCGACUCCAAUGGCUGGGGCGUGAGUGACUGCCACCACGGAGAGGACGCCGGCGUCGUGUGCUCGGGCCGGCACCCGCCUGGUGCCCCUGCCCCAGGCCCAGCCGCUGGCCUGCAGGGAACGAAGCUGGAGGAGGUGCGGCUCAAGCCCGUCCUGGCCUGGGCUAAGCUGAGCGUGCCCAUCAGCGAGGGCGUGGUGGAGGUGAAGCACGAGGGGCGCUGGAGGCAGGUGUGCGACGCCGGCUGGACCAGGAACAGCAGCCGCGUGGUGUGCGGGAUGCUGGGUUUCCCCCGGGAGAAGCAGCUCAACACCGGCUUCUACAGGAAGCUCUGGAACCUGCAGUUGAAGGAUCCCAAGUCGAGCCUGAGGACCCUGAGCCGGAAGAACGCGUUCUGGAUCCACCGGGUCAGCUGCCUGGGCACGGAGCCCCACCUGUCCCACUGCCCGGUGCAGGUGUCCCCUGCCAGCCGGCUCCAGCCCGCCUGCCCCCGUGGCAUGCACGCCGUCAUCAGCUGCGUCCCGGGCGCCGAGUUCCAGAAAGCCAAGGCCAGGCCGUUCCGCCAGGGCCGGCGCGCAGAGGGGCCCCAGGUGCGUCUCCGGGCUGGCGCCCAGGUGGGCGAGGGCCGGGUGGAGGUGCUGCACCGUGGCCACUGGGGCACCGUGUGCGACGAAAAGUGGAACCUGCUCGCAGCCAGCGUGGUGUGUCGGCAGCUGGGCUACGGGACGGCCAGGCAGGCCCUGGCAGGGGCCCAGCUGGGCCAGGGCCUGGGCCCCAUCCACAUGACCGAGGUGCAGUGCACGGGCUCCGAGCGCUCCCUCCACGAGUGCCGCUUCCAGGAGGCAGCGCAGAGCGGCUGCCGGCAUGAGGCCGACGCUGCCGUCCGGUGCAACGUGCCCCGCAUGGACUACCAGAGCCAGGUGCGCCUGGUGGGGGGCCGUAGCCCCAAGGAGGGUGUGGUGGAGGUGCUGGUGCCGGUGGGGGGCGCCCUGAAGUGGGGCUCCGUGUGCGGUGAACGGUGGGGGCUGAACGAGGCCAUGGUGGUCUGCAGACAGCUGGGGCUGGGCUUCGCCAGCCAUGCCCUCCAGGAGACCUGGUACUGGCAGGGCAGCCCGGAGGCGGGCGAGGUGGUGGUGAGCGGCGUGCGCUGCACGGGCUCUGAGCUCAGCAUCCAGCAAUGCCAGCGCCAUGGCCCCGUGCACUGCCCGGCUGGCGGUGGGCGCUUCUCUGCCGGGGUCAGCUGCACCGAGACCGCCCCGGACCUGGUGCUGGACGCGCAGCUGGUGCAGGAGACGGGCUACCUGGAGGAGCGGCCACUCGCCAUGCUGUCCUGCGCCCACGAGGAGCGCUGCCUCUCACGCUCGGCCGACCACGCCAGCUGGCCCCACGGGCACCGGCGUCUGCUGCGCUUCUCCUCCCGGAUCCACAACCUGGGCCGAGCCGACUUCCGGCCCCACACCGGCCGCCACGCCUGGCUCUGGCAUCAGUGCCACAGGCAUUACCACAGCAUGGAGGUUUUCACCCACUACGACCUGCUGACGCCCAACGGCUCCAGGGUGGCCGAAGGGCACAAGGCCAGCUUCUGCCUCGAGGACACCAGCUGCCCCCCAGGGCUGCAGCGGCGCUUUGCGUGUGCCAACUUCGGGGAGCAGGGGGUGAGCGUGGGGUGCUGGGACACCUACCGGCACGACAUCGACUGCCAGUGGGUGGACAUCAGCGACGUGGGGCCCGGCAGCUACGUCUUACAGGUAGGAGCCGCGUGCCCGGGGCCGGGGCCAAGGCCUGUCCGCGCUGAACGCCCCCAGGCCGUGCCUCCCCCCAGCGCCCGCUCAGGGCCUGGCUGCGUCCUGGGAGCCGGCCAGGGCGGGAACCCGCCGGCCUGGGCCAGAGGCCCGACGCCUGCGGCUGGGGGCAGCCGGGGAGGGGCCGGGGGCCCCGGUGUGAGGCUGGCCCAGCCCCCGUCCCUCUCCCACCAGCCCGGGCACCAGCCUGGCCUUGCCCCCCCGCGGGCCCCCUGCCCCUCCUCUCUCCUCCCUCCCCUCCCCUCUCCUGCCCAGGUGGUCGUGAACCCCCAGCACGAGGUGGCCGAGUCCGAUUUCUCCAACAACGUGAUGCGCUGCCAGUGCAGGUACGACGGGCACCGUGCCUGGCUGCACGGCUGCCACACAGGUGACCAGCACGGCGCCGAGGCCGUCCGAGAGCUGGAGCAGCAGCGCCUGGCCAGUAACCUCCUGUGACGCGUGUGGGGCGGAGCGGAGCCCUGCCGCCGGGGGAGCAGCCCGAAAGGGGGCGGCGUGGGGCUGAGCGCUGCCCCCUGCACAGCAGCCGCAGAGGGGGGGCUGGACACUGCCUCCCUCUGCUUGGGCCUUCCUGCCAGCCCCGGGGCUCCCCCGAGAGCACCCCCACAAGGCCCCUCUGGGCUGGGGGGCAGCUUCUCUCCUGGGCCGGUGCUGGGGUGGCACGCCAGGCCUGCCCCCCCAAAUCCUGGUGGUUGUCCCCGUGGCCCCUGGCCCUCCCGCGCUGGGGCAGCCGCGACUGCACUCAGGGAGCCUUGGUAUUUAUUGGUGCUGGAGGGCGAAUGGGGCUGGUGCUCGCCUAACGCCCGGGGGGCACCGCCGGAGCCAGCAGCCGCCCACCACGACUCACGCUCCAGCAGGAGCCUGCCUCCGCAUCCCCUCCCAGGCCGACUACCUCAGCCGCCCCAGUGGCCAGCACAGCCCUGUGCCUGUGGGGCCCAGGCCCCCUCGUCUCAGGAGCGGCCGCGGGCCGACCACCACGUCUGCAAGCACUAGCGUGUCACUAAUAAAAGUUCUGUGCAAGUCAAA